CAGACUCGAAAACUUAAAAGCCUCCCCUAGCUUAUUAGGUAACAUUGGACCCAUCGGGAAUCGGUCCAAGAACCAAGUUUGUCGUUCGGUUCAUGAUGGGACCGGAACGACUGGCAAGGAAUAUAUCUUCUCAUUUUCUCCUCUUCCCUUUAUACGUACAACUCACUCGGUCAAAACCCAGCCAAAGAUGAUAGCUGAAAGCCCAAUUGCUGCAACAUCGUCAGGCGUCAAUCUCUCCAACUCCGAUCAAAGCCGAUCGGCUGGUGGAGAUCCUUUCGCCGACCAUCAAUCAUCUGGGCCGACCCCUCUUCAAGUAGCAAUUGCUCGACAUCGCACUGGAAUUUUGACUGCAACUGUUGCUGGACACUUUGCGCAUUGGCAAUAUCUUACGCGGUUUCGUCGAAUUAAUGUCCAGGCUACUGCGAAUCGCGCUCCUCUUGCACGGCUCGGCUUGGCCUGGGGCCUCGUAUACCUCGGCGUCUUGAGCACUAUCACUGUGGCUCAGCGCAAAGUGUCAAGGAAUACUGAUCAUCUUCUCUCCUCUAUAGUGUCUACAAAAAUUGUCUCAUAAUGUCGGCUGAUUUCUGGGCUGGCUAUCUCAGUGGUGCUGUUGGAAUUAUCAUCGGAAAUCCUCUUGAUGUGAUCAAAGUUCGACUUCAAGCACAACAUACCAGUCCAGUGACGAACCCGCCUGCUUGUUCGAUCCCUACAGGAACAACAACAGCGGCUUCGGCCAUCAACCAGAGUGCAUCUUUCAGCACGCGGUACCUCGGAUCAUACGCCUCCCUAGUGACCGGAACUGCAGCUCCAAUUCUCGGCUAUGGUGCACUGAACGCCUUGCUCUUUGUUUCUUACAAUCGAACCGAGGCGGCAUUGAAUAGCGUCUUCUCAACAUCUGGAAACUUGUGGAAUACUUGGCUUGCUGGCGCGGUGGGCGGUCUUGCAACCUGGGUCGUUAGUACUCCCACCGAACUGAUCAAGUGCAGGGCGCAGCUGGCAUCCUCUCCAAUCUCAAGCUGGGCUAUCACUAAGGAUAUCUGGAAAAACGGAGGUGUCCGAGGUCUUUACUUUGGCGGAACUGUGACUGCCAUCCGGGAUAGUGUUGGCUAUGGGUUUUACUUCUGGUCUUACGAGCUGACUACCCGUUGGCUGGCCGCGGAACAGGGCGAGGAAACCUCUUUGCAACACGAGGCCGCCAAGGUUCUCCUCUGCGGAGGACUAGCUGGAGUCGCAACUUGGGCGAGCAUAUUUCCACUCGAUGUCAUCAAGACUAGAGUUCAGGCUCAGACCCUUGGCGGACAGGCAGAAACAACACCACUUCUGCAACCAAACGUAGCAUCGCAAACCAAACGAGCUGGCGCAAUACAGGUCGCACGUGAGGCGUACCGGGAGGGAGGCUCUCGUGUUUUCUUUAGAGGGUUGACUAUCUGCAGCGUACGAGCUUUCAUAGUGAAUGCUGUUCAGUGGGCGGUUUACGAAUGGGUCAUGCUCGAACUCGGACAUGGACGGAAGAAGACAGUGACCAACGAGCCCAGGGUAGACAUGAUCCAAACAUGAUGCAUGAGGUCUACAAUGGCGUCCGGGUUACCUGCUAUAGUUGAGCAAAUAGGUUUCUGCUUAAAUCUAAGUUACAUUAAUUCUCUAGGAUGGAUAAAAUAAACAAGGAAAAGCUGCUAUUAAAAGAUCUAAUAAGAGCUUUACCUAAUCCACUUUAUACAUAGUGGUUGCAUACUAGGCCACUUACCUCAAAGGUUUACCCGCCAAUGUUCUUUCUGUUUCCUAUGAUAGCCCUCAACUCAAUCAAUCUUUAAUUCGCUUCGAUGAUUUAUAUCCAUUGGUCCCACUUCAAGGCCCAGAAUCAGUUACUUCAUUUAUGUUGUCAGCUUCAAAUAGGUUACUACACAAUAACGAUUAGACGAGAGCUAUUACAUCAGAACUGGACAACGG